AGUUGUGUGUCGGCCGUGACGGGAACGAUACGUCGUAUGUUGCAAUACACUGUCAUUCUACGGUAGGUUAUACUAAGUGCACUAGAUGGUAGAAAACUCGGAUGAUACUGGACAGUUUCGGGCAGUAGUGCAUUGGAAGUGUGUCGGAACGAUUCUUUGUGCAGGAAGAUUCCUGGCCGCGUGUCUGUCGGAAGAACUUGGCGUGAGUGACUUGCGGUGUACUCCGAGCAGACCACAUCUAGUUCGUGGUGGUUGCGGUUAGAAUCUCAUCUUUACCAAUACACAGAGGAAACGCGGAAGUGCGAUUGUGCUGAUGCGAAAAUAGUACCAAGUGCACGACCUUCAUUGAUAGUUAAGUUUGCAAAUAAGUGACUGUCGAGUGUGUUUAGAAGAUUUGCUCGGGAUUCGUGUAGGUAUUUCCCGGUGGGAACAACAGUUUACUACAAUUAAAGUGUGAUAUGAGUUGAUUAUCUAUUGAAUGGCAGACGCUGUGAAGAAGCAGUAUCAUAGAUUAUUUGGUUCAUAGUCGCUUUGAAGGAAAAGUUUAAGUUUUGCGAUGUGUUUACAGUGAUAUAUUUCGCUUCGCAAUAUACGUCUUAUUGGAGAUAAAAUUCAAAAAGUGAUGAUUAGCAGAUUGUUGACAAAAGUGAUGCUUGAAGUAAACCUGAAGUAAUACGCGAUAAAUGAUAUAUUCGAAAAGGUUCGCUGUACCGUUGUAUCGAUGUAGAGUGGAAGGAACACCAAUAUUAACCAUUGUCGAAUACAGCUCCGGCACAGUUCAUCGCGAGAAUUCGCCGCGAAAGGAUGUGAGCGAGCGUUCAGGACAGGAACACGAUUUACUGCCGGUCAGGCGACUGGACAAGGAUCGGUUACAGCAACUCUUCUGCCUAGUGUUUUCGGUGUUGGAUUAAAUGCCGGAAGAGGAACGUGAGUUUCUGACGUUGGAUGAGCUGAAGCCGCACCAGCUGACCGAGCUCGGCGUGGCAGUUUCCUCGUACUCGCCGCAGGCUCAGCAGCACGCGCUAGUUCCGGCGGCAGCGUUAUCUAGUCACAUCACCGGCAAUCCCGUCAUCAGUACCGGCGGAUUGCUGCAAAAUUACCACCAUCACAACGUGUUCUACAACAUCCAUGCAGCUCGGUCGCCCAACACAAAUGCAAACACCGGAGGAAAUGAGCAUUUGACGGCGUCAGAAAUUGUAUCUUCCAACUCCGCUGUGUUGGAUUCAAUGCAGAGAAGUAUGUCCAGUGUGUCCAAUCAUAACAGCCAUCAGCAAAAUUUGCAAGAUAGUGGUAGUGAAAAUCAUCAACAUUUAUCCGGCAAUGAUCAUGGGCACCGUCUUCAUCAACAGCAACAGCAUGCACCACACACGGAUAGCAGUGGAAACGGUGCUGCGGAGGAGGGAAGAAAACGUAAAUUUUCCUUUAAUGACAACAGCGAUAUUGAAGAUGACACUUGUGACGAUGCGAAAUCUGUUCGAACAACUGAUGAAAACAAAAAGCAAAAUCACAGUGAAAUUGAGAAACGUCGACGUGAUAAAAUGAACACCUACAUUACCGAGUUGUCGGCUAUGAUUCCCAUGUGCCAUGCUAUGUCCCGCAAGCUGGACAAACUGACGGUCCUAAGAAUGGCGGUGCAACAUCUGAAAACGAUCCGCGGAGCCGUACAUUCCUAUACCGAGGGACACUACAAACCGGCUUUCAUAUCAGACCAGGAGUUAAAAAUGCUGAUACUGCAGGCGGCCGAAGGGUUCCUGUUUGUGGUGGGCUGUGAUCGAGGUCGGAUCUUGUACGUGUCGGAGUCCGUUUCACAAAUUUUGAAUUACUCUCAGGGUGAUCUAUUGGGCCAAAGUUGGUUCGAUAUUCUUCAUCCCAAGGAUGUUGCGAAGGUGAAGGAACAGCUCUCCUCGUCGGAUUUAAGCCCAAGGGAGCGACUGAUCGAUGCCAAAACGAUGCUUCCAGUUAAAACGGACGUACCUCAGGGCGUUUCAAGGCUGUGUCCGGGCGCUAGACGAUCCUUUUUUUGUCGGAUGAAAUGCAAAACAAACGUACAAGUGAAAGAAGAAACAGAAUCGAAUAAUUCAACGACCAGUUGCCAUCGGAGGAAAAGUAAAGUGAAUUCAGAUAAGAAAUAUCCAGUUAUUCAAUGCACUGGCUAUCUAAAAUCAUGGGCUCCGGCCAAAAUCGGCCUUGAAGAACACGAAGCAGACGGUGAAGGAGACUCUUGCAAUCUGUCCUGCUUGGUGGCAGUAGGUCGAGUGCAGCCAAGUUUGUUUCAAAAUCAUCAACAACCGUCGAGUGGAAACCAGAACAAUCAACGUCCAACGGACAGUGGCGCCAACGGUUCUGGUGGGGCAACUGGAGCGUCCGUUGGAUCGAAUGGUUGCAAAAACUUUAGUCGAAAUAACAUUCCUAACCUGCGAAAUGUACAAUUCAUAUCACGUCAUGCAAUGGACGGAAAGUUCCUAUUCGUGGAUCAACGUGCCACGUUGGCUCUGGGAUUUCUUCCCCAGGAGUUACUUGGUACUAGUAUGUACGAAUACUAUCAUCAUGAAGACAUUCUAGCACUAGCGGAGUCACACAAGGCAGCACUGCAGGGAGCUCAGUGUGUUACCACGUCUGUCUACAGGCUGCGGACGAAGGAGAAUGGAUUCGUUCGAUUGCAGAGCGAGUGGAAAUCCUUCCGAAAUCCGUGGACUAAAGAGAUCGAAUAUCUGAUAGCGAAAAACAAUGUGAUACUAUCGGACCUGGCAGAUACUGGGGGCAGUAGCGGAGGCAAUUUUGGCAGCGGAAGUUCUACGGUGCCCAGCGGUAACGGUGCUAACAGUGCUGGGAAUGGGAAUAACAGCAGUAAUACCGAGCUCGGUGAAGGACACAACGAAAGUAACGGACAAACUAAUGGACGCGAAAUACAACGAAUUAUACAUUCGCACGUAGAGGCUAGUAAAAUAGGACGUCAAAUAGCGGAACAAGUCAUGGACCAUCAACGAAGGGUUGGCGAUUCGUCAGCAGAGAGUAGUCCCGAUCCAGCUGACGUUUCAAUACCGCAAAACUUUAGCUCUAUUGCCCAGGAAGUCAAGAAUUUGUCGAGUGAGGCAGUUUCUUCAGUAGAACGAACGCUAGCUUCAUCGUCUCGUGUUUCACCCGCUUCUUCAGUGAGUGGAGUUCCUUCCACGCAACGAGUUAACGGUACUCUACCAGGGUACAAUCAUUCACGAAGUAGUACAGUUGCCAGCCCUGGAGACGAAGCUUCACACGCUCAAGCCAACACUACCGAUGGUAAUGACGAAGCGGCGAUGGCAGUGAUAAUGAGCUUACUGGAGGCAGAUGCUGGCUUGGGAGGUCCGGUGGACUUUUCCGGUUUACCGUGGCCAUUACCGUGAACCAUUGUCGCAAUGGAUAGUUUAAAAUUCAGGAUUCAGUCAACCAACCACGCAAUGAUUCGAAGUUACCACUUUGUAGGGAAUGAUUUUUUUUUGCAGUCAGUUAAGGUUAGGUAUUAUAUAAUUAUUUAGCAUUUUGUAAUUAAAGUGAUACAUAGGAACGAUUUGAGGCUGUCGCGUACAAUAUCUCAUGCAUAGGGUAACUACAUUAUUGCAAACAAUUCAAUUAUUAGGCUCGAGUACAGUAAAUCAUCUCAAAAGCUUAUAA